GUUUCUGUCCUCUACAUUGUACAUCAGUGGGAUUCACUCUGCUGGAACAAAAUAAUGUCGUCUUCAACCCAUUGAAGGAAAGGGAUAGAAACUUGUUCAGCUCUGCAAGCACAUGACCCAAUGCCAGAACCAAGAUCUGCUCUGUCUGCUCGUAUUUGUGGUUCCCAAGAUGCUUUUGCGUGCGUAAAAUGGCAUAGACUCCCAGAGAGUAACAGCUCCAUUUAAGCAUGAAAUAUUUGUUCAUACUUAUGAUGAUUUGACAUAAUUAAUGUUUUAUUAACCAUGAUGGCAACACAGACAUUAAGUAUAGACAACUAUCAAGAUGGACAACAGAUGCAAGUAGUAACAGAAUUAAAAACGGAACAAGAUCCCAGCUGCUCUGAAACUGAUGCAGAAGGGGUGAGUCCUGCCCCUGUAGAAUCUCAAACUCCAAUGGAUGCAGACAAGCAGGCCAUUUACAGGCACCCACUGUUUCCUUUGUUAGCACUAUUAUUUGAAAAAUGUGAACAAUCUACACAAGGCUCAGAAGGCACAACUUCUGCUAGUUUUGAUGUAGAUAUUGAAAAUUUUGUAAGGAAGCAGGAGAAAGAAGGAAAACCCUUUUUCUGUGAAGAUCCAGAAACUGAUAAUUUAAUGGUAAAAGCAAUCCAAGUUCUACGUAUCCAUCUGCUUGAGCUAGAAAAGGUUAAUGAACUCUGCAAGGAUUUCUGUAGUCGUUACAUUGCCUGCCUGAAGACAAAAAUGAACAGUGAAACUCUAUUAAGUGGAGAGCCUGGAAGUCCUUAUUCACCUGUGCAAUCUCAGCAAAUUCCAAGUGCCAUUGCAGGCACACUCAGUCCCCAAGGGAUUAUGGUGCCAGCAUCAGCAUUGCAGCAGGGAAAUGUAACUAUGGCAACAGUAGCAGGGGGGACAGUGUAUCAGCCAGUCACUGUGGUCACUCCACAAGGUCAAGUGGUGACACAAGCACUGUCACCUGGGACUAUUCGUAUCCAGAACUCUCAGCUUCAGUUGCAAUUAAACCAAGAUCUAGGCAUCUUGCAUCAAGAUGAUGGCUCAUCAAAAAAUAAAAGAGGAGUUCUUCCCAAGCACGCUACAAAUGUGAUGAGAUCAUGGCUUUUUCAGCACAUAGGGCAUCCAUAUCCAACAGAGGAUGAGAAGAAACAGAUUGCAGCACAAACAAAUCUGACACUACUCCAGGUUAACAAUUGGUUUAUCAAUGCUAGAAGGCGAAUUCUUCAGCCGAUGCUGGAUUCCAGUUGUUCUGAAACUCCAAAAACAAAGAAGAAAACAGCUCAGAACCGACCGGUUCAGAGGUUCUGGCCUGACUCCAUUGCCUCAGGAGUUGCUCAGCAGCAAUCUAAUGAGCUCACGAUGUCAGAUGGUGCUGUUGUAACAAUUACAGCUCCAGUCAACAUGAAUGUAGACAGUCUCCAGUCUUUGUCAUCCGAUGGUGCUACUUUGGCUGUUCAGCAAGUUAUGAUGGCAGGGCAAAGUGAGGAUGAGUCCGUAGACAGCGGUGAAGAUGAUGGAGGAGAUCUCUCAACAACAAAUAUCAGUGGGCUGGUCUUGGAUAACAGCGAUUCUCUGCAGUAGGAAGCAAGAGAGUGUGACAAAAUGCUUAGGAAAAAGAAUGGACUGACUGACUGACUGUUUUUAUAGUUUGCACAGCAAACAUUUUACACAAGUUUUAUUUCUAAUAUGUUUUAUAUGUAGAUAUAGAAGGGUGCACUUUUUUGUAUUUCAUAGUAAGCUUAAAGAGUGUUUUGCAGGUGCAGCAACUUCUUUCAAAUGUGUUUUUUCAUUUCUUUUCCUUUUCUUAUUUCAGAAAAUUGUAUCUAGUAAUAUAAAGAACCACAUAAGCACCCCUUUGUUCUAUGAAUUGGAAGUGCUGCAAUUUCUAAAGAAUUAUGCAGUUUCAAUUAGUGCUGUUAUUUAACACGGCUCUUGAUGGGCAGGUGAUGUAAAUUUAAAGCAUGUGACACUAGUGUGUGGAACUUGAUCAUUAAGUUGGAUGCAUAUAUUUGAAAGAUGCUUCUGCACCUUAAAAACUGCUAGUCUGAGGUGGACAGCAACACACAUAAAAAGAAAAUGUUGAUGUGUGAUUCAGUAGCGAAUGUAUGGCAAUUUAAAUAAGUUUAGUUUCUCUCAUAGUCCGUGAGCCUGUUUAUCAUUUGCUAUAAAAACUCCUAUUUUUACCUUGCCGGGGUUAUUGGAUAAAAAAUAUUUUUAUAAAUUCACUAGGAAUUGGGAUGACGACUGUAUUAAGCAGGAGGAAAAAAAAAAAAAGAAUUUCCAGAGGGGAAAAAUAAAUGGUUAGUAUUCCUAUUUGGAAGGUCUGAAAACUGACCAAAUUUAAUAAACAAGCCUAUGCUAGCAUUCUAUGAUUCUCAGCUAUCCCACAGUGAUAUACUAUAUUUGAUAAUAGCAUAAGAAGGGCCCACUCUUUGAUGGGAUUUUGAUAUUGUCAAACAUUGAUUUAUAUUAUGUGUAAACUAAUAUUCAAAUUACAUUAACUCUGUAUCUAGACUUGUAUCUGAAGAUAUUUGCUAAAUGAGUAUUCAGGUAAGUAAAUUCAAAUACCCACAACUUUUCCAGUUAUUAGAGAAAUUUAACAGUUUAUAGUUUGUACAACUGAAUCUGAAAAAUGAAAAGUUGCCUAUUAUACAGUCAUGAAUUCUGCUAUCACUCUGCUAUUUUAUUGCAUUUGAAAUAUUUUCCCCUAAUACAAAAAGAAAUAUAACUUACAGAUUUUUAUAAAAUUUCUUCAAAUCUGAAGGUUACUACCAGAAUGUACAGCAGGCUUUAUUAGAGUAGAAAAUCCUUGUGUGUCAUUUAAAAACUAAGAGCUAGUGAUGAAAACACUUUUUUUUGUUGUUGCUGUAACAGUUCAUUUCUUUUUUUCCUGAAGUUUGGAGUCUGUGUCUGUCUAUCCAUGAACACUUACUUUUGAACUUUGUAUUUCCCGUUGUUAAGUACAAAUAACAGACUCCAAGAGUCUCACGGUGAGAUCAACGUCCUCUUUUCCCCCCUGUCCAUUUGUCACAAUGUUGGGUUAGAUCAAAGCCAGAACUCCCUUCUGAUUUAGACCAAAUCUAGUUGCAUUUCUAACGUGACAGGGAAAAAGAUGUUAGCUUUUAGAAUCUGUAGGCACUGUAUUUGAACAAAGCCCUUUGACAGAUGCAAAUAUUUAAUCGAAUACUUAAUUUCUGCUUCACAAAACACUUAGGCAUGCGCUUAGGUCGCAUUGAUUUCAGUAGGAUUAACGCAUGUACUUUUUGACAUGCUUAAACAGUUGGAAGCUGGUCUUUAAAGAUUGUCUUCCAAGGCAAGCAUAUGUUGGUAUGAAGAAAAACUUCAGAAAGAAAUGUCAGUAGCAUUGGCAUACAUACGUGGAGAAUAAUACUAGUUUUCAAUGACUAGUAGCUAUUUUGAAGAAUUGGUGUUGGGUUUUACUCGGCACAAGUGAUGUUUCUGCUAUGGCUUUCGCUUAUUCCUGGCUGAGGAUCUUGCUUCUUAGUUCAAAUGCUGUAGUGAUCUACGCCAGCUGGAGUGGUAAUCGAAAGAAUUUGUUUUCGUCUAACUUCUCUGCUUUGCCACUAAUGUGCAAUGUUUGUUAAAGAGCACAGUAAAUGAAUAAUGAAAGAUCUAAUCAGGAAAGCUUUGACAUAGCAUAACUGUCUCAAAGGCUAUUGUCAAAUCCAGUUUGACCCCAAAACAUUUAAAAAGACUGAUAUAAUGUACAAAUUAGGCUCCUUUGGAAACAUUCAACCUACUGCUCCUACAAAGGAUACCUGAGAUGACUAGAACUGAGAGACAGAUUCUGUAUUUUUCUUUUUAGUUGUUUUUGAUUUAAUUCCGUAAGUGCUUCAUCACCCCCACAGUUUCCAUUAUAUAGUAGGUUAUAUUUGUUGGUUUGUUUGGGGUUUUUAUUCAGCUACCCUUGUUCAUAUUUAAUAGUGCAUUAAUCUUUGUACUUCUAGCACGUAGGCAGAUGAAUAGUCUACUUCUCAGUGCGUACAGGCCUAUGGACAAAUAGGUACUUUUCCAAAUCAACCUGUGCUGGAGGAACAGGCCAUUUCUCACGAUCUCCUUUCCCUCCCUGACCAGUUGUUGCUGCCUCAGAUCUACCAGCAGAGCUUUCCCCAGCCUGCUUUGAGGUAGUCUAGGAAGCAGCUCAGCCAGCAGAUCUGUUAGGGUAGCAGGUAGCCAGCAGUGAAGGGAAGGGUAAACCAAAAUGGGCAAAAAACCCAAACUUCUGUGGUUUGGAGAUAAUGUAGCAAUGGGCAUUUGCCCACACUUCAAAACUGUGAGAACUGAGAUCUUAAAAAGAGAAUAUUAGAACAAUUUAAUAUCUAUACAGCUGGCUGGGAGAGGGUUCAGGAAUAUGUAGUUUAUGUGUCACUUGGAACUCAAUUGGAAACAACCAGGCAUCAGGUUUUGCAAACUUCUGAAAGUUUAUUUUUCAGAAAGAAACCGUUAUCUGGUUAGCUUUCUUAUUCCCCCCCACCUUAUGUGCAGCUGGAGCUUUAUUCUUCUGAAACAUUUGCGACCUUGUCUUCAGCUAGUUUAUCAAUACCUGAUAAGACAGAAUUUACUGUGAAAGGGGGAAUGUGGAAUAGUUUUGCUGUCAAAUUAGAAACAUAAAAACAUAAGGACGUGGAUUCCUAAAAUUGAAAAGGCUUUACCAGUGUAGUCAAAGGUAUCGCUUAACAUACGGAACUCAAACCUUGUCUUUUAAUUCAGUGAGAAUUCUGUAGGGUAUGAACUGCACAGAAGUGCUUGUUCUUUUAACGAUUUAAACAAAACAAAAAAAAAAUAAAAGUAUCCUUCCUUUUUUGCUGUGUAAUAAAGAUUGCUGGUUUAAGCAAAGCAUCGCUGUUCAGGAAAGGUACAUGUUUACAGUAGUUAAAAGUCUUUAUAGGGGACCUAACUUUAAACCCAUAUAUAAUUUCCCCCACCCCCAGUUAAAGUCAUGUUCAUAUGCAAUAGAACGAAUUUGUUUUUAAAAUCAAUGUAAUUCUUCUGCAAUUAUGAUUAUUGAAGUUUUUAAUUUUUUUUUAACGUAAUCUAGAUCAUUAACCCAAAACAGGGUUAUCAGUCCGAUUUUUCCAAGAUUUCUGUAACAGGCAAGGCAGCUUCCUGUUCUUUAACUUUAGAAACAUUGCGUUUUAGCGAAUCAAUUCCAAAUUGAUCAGGAUAUAUUUUUAAAUGACUGUUCCAAAGAAAUAAUCUUGUUGGAAAACAUUUGGAAUCGACAGGCGUGGCUCUGGCUCUGCAGAGGGUUUCCUGGAUGUGGAUAUUGGGUCAAAGUGGAGUCCUGCUGACCUCAGGGAAACUCCAUAAGGCUGCAUGUCAGGCUGCGUUUACCUGCAAGAGAAUUGGUUCCUUGUUCUGGUCCCUCAUCACUAUUAGGAACUUCUGUGGAGCCCUCCAACUUCAUCGUGCCUGCAUACCUAGGUUUUCUUCCAGUGGAAACCAGGGUGUGGACGAAGGGCUUAGAAGGGCAGGAGUGUGUGUUGACCCGGAGUGCGCCACAGACCGUUUUGAUGUUCAAAAUAUGGCCGGAAGGCAGACCUACACCGAGGAAUUAGAGUUCCCAGUUCCUGUGCUUUAAAAGUAGCUUCAGGUUUAUCGAUAGUCUAGUGGAGUAGGGCCACAAAGACUUAGUGCAUGAAUAAUUAUCUAUUUGUUUCUCUAAUCACAUGGAAAAAGAAUUAGAAGGCAGCUCAGCUUCCUGACUUUAUGAACUUGACAGCCCAAAGGAUGAAACAAAGCCUUUCCAAGGGAUUAUAGUUUCCUAAAACCAUUAGACUUGUAGCACUUAAAAAAAACAAACAAAAAACCAAAACACCCUGGUAUUUUGAAAAAUUGGAACACAUGCAUUUAAUUGUAAUUCAGGUUGAUUUAAGAUCUAUUUUCUGAAGCUGAGUCGUCUUGGGAGAAAAAAAUGAAUAAGUAUUUGUCUAUGCAAGACAUAAAUGUCAAAAAUGUGUGACUUGCCCAUUUUUAGGUGCUGUAUUGUUAUUGUCUUUCUGACUUCUGUUACUUUGAUUAGUCUCUUAAACCUUUCAGCCUUAUAUUCAGCUUAGUUUUCAGAGUUGAAUAGGCAAAAUCUAGUUUUGAAAUCCUGUUGGAAAUGUAACUAACCUUCAUUCCCUCAUGAAAAUCUCGCGUGUUAAACAAUUAAGUGAAAUGUUUUGGUUUUCUAAUAAUAAAUUCAAACUCGCACCACCUCCUAAAAACAGAGCAUAUCCAUGAAAAUGCAGGUUUAAUUGUAGUGUGCAAACGAUCAAAUCAUCAGCCUCGUGCUGAAUACACUUUGCUCUUUGCUGUUCGAUGUGGCUGAAGAGUAAAGCAGGUUGGUUAUGCCAAACUCAAACACAGUGUGGAUUCCUUCCCCUGCCUCCCCCCCCCCACCCCCCCUUGGCUUGCUAACCUCCUUCAAACAGGUUUUGGGUUGUUUAAUUUUCAAGUCCUAAAGUAACUUGAUCAUCCAGUGUAAAGUGUAGUGAAAUUGGCACUAAUGUGCUUUUAAGUGAUUGCCCAAAUCAUGUUAUUUGUUCAUUCUUGUCACCUGGAAAUAUAAAAUCCGUUUCCUUUUCUGUGACUUAGUUCUUUAGGACCUGCUGACUGAUCACAGCUGCUUUUGCCAGAGAAAAGCAAGGUGCGAGAAAGCAGUGAAACACCUUACCAACCUUGUAGACUACUAUAAAGAUACUGACUUCAUGUUAAUAGAAUCCAGCGUUUUCAGGUCAUGACAGAAGUCGCCCAUAAAUCUCUCCAUGUGUUAGCAACAUUUGGUCCAUACAAUCGACAAUCUUUAAAAUGUGAACCCUGUGACUUUUUUUUUUUUUUUUGCCUUGGUUGUUAAGGGAUUUUGAAGCAACUGAUCUAUCAAGGGAUAAAAUUAAAAAUCAGAAUAUGCUUCAUGGAUGGUUUAUUUUUACACUACUGUUCUCUGUGAGCUGAAAAAGCACAUUUUUAAAGCAAAGCAUUCGCAUUACUUUAACAUUAGCAGUAUUGUUUGGCUGAAAGACGAGUUAUGUUUUCAAGAAAUCUCGAGCAUAGUUUCAAACUAGUUAACCA